UCGGAAAACGGGACAAGGCAGGUAGGUACACCAGCAAGUUGGUUUGAAAAACAGAAUUUCUUCAGAGGACGAACGUUUUAUUUACAAAUCAUGACAUCCCAAGCAAGGCAGAAUUAUCACCAGGACUGUGAGGCUGCCAUAAACAGACAGAUUAACCUAGAGCUUUAUGCCUCCUAUGUUUAUCUCUCAAUGGCUUAUUACUUUGACCGGGACGACAAAUCCUUGCCAAACUUUGCCAAAUUCUUUAGGGCGCAGUCCCUGGAAGAGAAGGAGCACGCCGAGAAACUGAUGAGUCUACAGAACAAGAGGGGAGGCAGGAUUUUCUUACAAGAUAUCCGGAAACCUGACCGGGAUGAGUGGGGCAGUGGUUUAGAGGCUCUUGAAUGUGCUCUGCAGUUGGAGAAGAGUGUGAACCAGUCACUAUUGGACCUGCACAAGGUCGCGUCUGACCACACCGACCCACACUUGUGUGACUUCAUAGAAACACACUACCUGGUUGAACAGGUGAAGUCCAUCAAGGAGCUGGCCGACUGGGUGUCCAACCUGCGCCGGAUGGGUGCUCCUCAGAACGGCAUGGCUGAGUACCUAUUUGACAAGCACACUCUGGGCAAGGAGAGCGACUAAGAACCGCCACUGCCGUCCUCUCAUCUGGGCCAGAUCAGGGCCAGUACUAGCUGCUAUCAGGACUCCCGUCGUCAUGACUUUUGCAUGUGGGUCUGUCCAACCCAGGCAUAUGAUAAUCCAGCACAGCUUGUGCAUAGUUUUACCGACAACAUGUACAUCCUCCCUAUACUGUAGGCUGCUUUGAAUAAAACAAAGUGAUUACGUAUAUUUAUAUUUUAAGGAGGAUAUACUGUCCCAGGACUAAUGCGGUCCUCAUGAUAGCCAUAAGCACUUUAGGCGUGAUGUUCCCUUUGGAAGGCUCAGCCUAUUUUCCGUCCCACAUUCCCACCACUGUGAGACAUCCCUACUACUGUAAAGCAGGUACUCCUGCUUUUAUUUGUCCUUUGCUUGCUAAUGUGCAAUUUAUAUUAUGAUGUGUGUAUAUCACAUAAAUGUGGUAUGUUGUGAAUAAAAUAUAGGAUCACUCUCCUAUAUACUCUGUCUGCAUACAAUAAAAGACUGUUGGAACAACAGCCAAAAUUGAA